CUCCUACUACGUCACGGACGAAAAGUAUGUUCCCGAGGAAAAGUACAAUACGAGCGCGCACCCUGGCUACUAAACCCAAUCUCCCAACACCCAUCUUGGAGGCGAUUCAGACCGCGCCCCCCCUGAGGUGACCUUUUCCCAAUUUGCUACACUCUCCUACGAUAUUACCAAGCAUACACGAGACAUUCAUGGUGGAUGAUUUGGAUGCGAUACCCCUUGGCGCUUCUUCCCUUGGCGAAGGCGAUAACUAUUCCUACUCGAGCAUUCUUGGACUUUGGUUGGCACUACGCAGUGACAUUUUUCUUAUCGACGGUAUGCAUAUAUCCUUUGGUUCCACGUACGGUUAUUGGGGGGGGUUUUUUUUUUGAACUAUUUAAAAUUGGGCCUUACUCUAUGCUGUUAAGGGCACUCGAGGUGUUUUUGCUAUACAAAUUGACUUUGGUUUUUUUCUCAACCCAUUCAAAAAAUGGCUGGUUUUCUGGUAAUAGCGUCUGGCUCUAUGCUCUGUAAUUUCUUUUAUUCCCCUAUGGGGGGUCUGUCUCAUCAGGCAUAUGUGUCUGUAUAGCAUUUUCGCUUCUUCAUCUACCAUCACCAACAUACCCUUGUACAAUUAUCACCCAAUCUGAUGGCAUCUACCUUAAUCUUUUCAACCAUUACCCCCCAUGGCGGGAUGUUUUUUUCUUUUGUCUUCUUUUCUAGAAUAGCAAG